GGUGACUCUCCGGAAGCCGAGCUGCAUGAAUACGUCAGGCAGGGAAACUCUGUGAAAGUGAAGAAGCUUCUGGGAAAAGGCGUUUUUGUUGAUGCUGUAAAUUCCAUGGGCCAAACGUCUCUCUUCACUGCUGCGCUGCUAGGUCUUGGUAAAAUAGUGGAUGCGCUGUUGGAUUAUGGCUCAGAUGCUAACCAUCGCUGUUACGAUGGAAGCACCCCAGUCCAUGCAGCUGCGUUCUCAGGCAAUCAGUGGAUUCUUAGCAGGUUGCUGGAUGAAGGAGGUGAUCUGCGAGUACAUGAUAAAGAUGGAAAAACUCCACAGUAUUGGGCUAUGUCAGCUGGAAAUAAAAGCAGUGCUAAGAUGCUGGAAUUUAUAGAGCGUUGUACAUUCCACAUGCAGGCUGCCAUUCAAAAUUUUCACUCUGAUCUACUCAGGAAGGCUGGCUCAUCAAAAAUGCUGGUCUGCAGUCCAUCGAGGUUUGGUGGUCUUGUUCAAGGAAACGUUGACAGCCCUCUGGGUAGAUUUCUAAAAGGUGGAGCCACUGCAGCCAAGACCAUUUACAGCUUUGGUUUUGGGAAGUUUUGUCUUGCAGGCAGUGGGCGCCUAGGGUACUUGGCAUCUCUCCCUGUUAUUGGGGAAAAGGACGUGGUUCAGGCAGAUGAUGAACCAACAUUCUGUUACCAUGUUGGACCCUACAUGAUCAUGACAAACUUAAUGUGGGGCAGCAGCAGAGUUACAGUGAAGGAACUGAGCUUUAAGCCCCAUCAGAACUGUAGUCAACAGCGCUUAGCUGAUCUUCUCAUUGCAGAGCAGGAACAUAGUAGUAAACUCCAUCAUCCUCAUUUGCUGCAGUUGAUGUCUGUUUGUCUGUCUAGUGACUUGAAGAAAACCCGUUUAGUCUAUGAAAGGGUUAACUUUGGUUCCCUGUACAGCAUCCUUCAUGAAAGGCAUACAGAAUUCCCAGUGCUGCACAUAGAGACGAUUUUGCAUGUGCUGCUUCAGAUUAAUGAUGCUUUGCGGUUUUUACACUCCCAUGGAUUUAUCCACCGUUCAGUUACCUCCUAUGCUAUUCAAAUGGUUUCUUCUGGUGUGGCAAAGCUGUGCAACUUGGAAUACAUGAUAGAGAGCAAAGAUGGUGGAGAACACAGUGAUCUGACACGUAUUCCUGUCCCAGUCCAGCUGUAUAAGUGGUGCUCUCCUGAAGUGAUCCUUGAAAAAGUUGUUACAGUCAGAUCUGAUAUUUACAGCUUCUGUACAGUAGUGCAGGAGGCCUUGACAGAGACCCCUCCCUGGAAAGGUGUUGAAGAUUCAGUUAUUAAACAGCUCAUCAUUUCGGGCCAAGAGUUAGAAGCAGAUGUCAGACUUCCUAUGCCCUACUACGGUAUCAUAAAGUCAGGGCUGGAACCUAAACAGAAGAACCGUUCCACGAAACUUCACGAUAUUCGACAUAUACUGGAAAAUGACUUAAAGGACUUAACUAAGUCUCAAACCGGUCCCGCUGAUGAACUGUCAAAAGCACAGAGGCCUGCUGCUUUUGCAGGUGUGGACAUCUGCUUGGCCUCAGCUUUUCGGUACCACGAGAGAACAGAGGAAUUGCAGGGAAGAGAGAUAACAGAGGCUGACACCUCUACUGACCCAAGAUACUCUCGUUUUCCUGAGGAGAAUAGUGCUUUAGGGGACCAAGCGGCAGCAACCAGCCUACAGCCAGUUGCUCAGGACAAAGAUCGUGAUGCGAGUUCUGAACUCCAGGCAACCCUCAGUGUCAGUGAUGCGGAUGACAGCCUCUCUAGCUUUGAAGUCAAUGAAAUACUCGCUAGUUACCCAGAACUUUGUGAAGACUUCCUGGAAGAAGGAAGUGGGUUAGGUCAAACCAUGAAGGAUGAAAAAAGGCAGCAAGAGGAAGAAGAUAAAGCUUCCUUCAGGGAAAUGUAUGCAUCCCCUGGAGUGCACUGUGAGGAAAAGCCAGUUCAUGAGGAAGGUGGCUUUUCAGAAUCGAGUACAGAGUUCAGUACGGAAGAGGAGGAGAGGAUAAGUGAGACCUCUGACCCAUGCAUGCAGGUGAGAGAUGCUGGAAGAAGAGCAAGUAGUCUGUCCCAGAACAUGGAGCACAUCUUCAGCAGGUGUAUCCUUGAUGUGAAGAUUCUCCAGAGCAUGUGUCAGCAGGCAGCAGAUUCCCUGUGCAGAACAGAGGAGAAGCUGGACAAAUCAGAGGCCACCGAAAUGCAAAAGCUUUCUCAGCAAGGUUUUCAAGAAGGACACUGGAACAGAUCUGAUGAUGCUUCCCAAAAUGCCAAUAACACUUUUUCUGGAGUUAAUACUUUUUUAUGGAAGGCUAUAGGUCCACCAUCAAGAGACUAUAUUCCACCAGUGGUAAUAUGUCAGGCCCAAGGAGGAUUGAGUGGAGAGAGUUUCCGAGUUGUUUCAAAAACAGGAAAGGAAAUGUUGGCAAUUGAAAAUGAAAAGUGGAAGUGCUUUCAUGAGCUGAGUAAGAGUAAAAACGAAAACGCCUCUCGUGAUCUCGGCUUCAGUGUGGUGAACAGCCUGGAUGAUCAAGUGAGACUGGGCCAUGAGGUAAAUCAGCAUUUACUCCCAUGUGUAUCUGUAAGAUGCAAAAAACAGUUCAACUUGCAGUGUCAGAGAGGAGAUGAUUCACAUUCUGCAGCAAGUGGAAGUGAAGAAGAGAGGUGGUGUUACCGGAAAUCGGGGCCCAAAAUCUGCAGCACAGCAGUGAGGGAGGAGAGAAGGCUGAUGCAACCGGAAUGGCAGA